AUGAGUCCAACUCCUCCACCACCUGUUUCUACGACAGGAACGACAUCUUCAGCGGGUCCAACAACAUCAGGAGUGACUACUUCGACAAGCCCAUCAACAACAGGUCCAACUCCUCCGCCACCUGUUUCUACGACAGGAACGACAUCUUCAGCGGGUCCAACAACAUCAGGAGUGACUACUUCGACAAGCCCAUCAACAACAGGUCCAACUCCUCCGCCACCUGUUUCUACCACAGGAACGACAUCUUCAGCAAGCCCAACGACAUCUGGUCAAACUCCACCAACUCCUGUUUCUACGACAGGAACGACAUCUUCAGCGAGUCCAACAACAUCAGGAGUGACUACUUCGACAAGCCCAUCAACAACAGGAACGACAUCUUCAGCAGGCCCAACGACAUCUGGUCAAACUCCACCAACUCCUGUUUCUACGACAGGAACGACAUCUUCAGCGAGUCCAACAACAUCAGGAGUGACUACUUCGACAAGCCCAUCAACAACAGGAACAACAUCUUCAGCAGGCCCAACAACAUCAGGAGUGACUACUUUGACAAGCCCAUCAACAACCGUAACACAACCAGAACUGUGUGAAGUUAAAAUGUCAAAUGAAACAUUCAGAAAUGGAACAUGCUUUGGACAAUUUCAAGUGGGAUCGUGUGAAGGCCAAUGUCUGUCUAAGUCAAGUGUUUCACUUUCUUCUGGAAAAAUUACCUCCAUGUGUAAGUGCUGCCAGGCUCUUAACACCGAGGAGAGAACUGUGAGCUUAAGCUGCCCUCCAAAUUCCAGGGCAUCUCGGCAGUUUACGUACACUUUCAUCAAAAGCUGUUCCUGUUCACUGUGCUCCGAGAUUAUGGCUUCUUAAAAACCAAAUGACUCCAGGCAUUCAUUUGUCAAACAAUUAUUAUCUAAAGGGUAUCGGUGGUCCUUAAUAUCAGCUAAUGCUUUUAUUGGCUAUGGUGAUAUCUGCAAUAUGUAAAACUAUAAUAUCUAAAAUAUGGAGCUAGCCUGUGAGCAAUCUUAGAUGGUGUGUCUUUUAGAAUAACGUUCUCUUAGUCUUUUGUUCUCAAAUCAAGUAAUUGAAUCAAAUUUAGAAACAAUCCGAAAUCAGUAAGAUAAAACAAUAUAAUAUCAUUAUGUUUUUGAAAAUAUUUGUUAUUUGUUAAAUAUAUUAAGGAAUGCAUGCAGUUAAAAUCUACUUUAUUAAAAAAAUUAUGCUUUAAUUAUUUGUUAUAUUUAGAAUGUAAAGAAUGUAGGGAAAAGAGGGCCUGCAAACUUUAUGUAUUCCUGGAUAAUCUUUCAAUUACUCACAAACAAUUUUUAUAUAUCAUUUGAAAUUUGAAGAAAAUGUGUUUGCCAUUGAUUGAAUAUAAAUAAAACUUUUUACAGUACAGUAAAUAA